GCAAUUUUGGACCAUGUCAACUAGACUAUUGUUCCCAGGUAAAAUGUCUACAAGGUGCUUCCUGCACGAACACUGCACUCAGAGCUGUUUGUAACUGUCCAGUGGGAUAUACUGGAGCCGUCUGUGAAACAGAAAUUGACGAAUGCGCGAGCAACCCAUGUCAACAUGGCGCCACCUGCACAGAUUUCGUCGGCAAAUACAAGUGCACGUGCCUGCCUGGUUACACGGGAGUCAACUGUGAAACAGAUAUUGACGAGUGCGCUGUUAUGCCGUGUAAAAAUGGAGCCACGUGUGUUGAUCUAGUGAAUGACUUCUCGUGCACGUGCGUACCUGGAUACACAGGGAAAUUGUGUCAAACUGAUAUCAAUGAAUGCGAAACAAACCAAUGUCAGUACAAUUCGACAUGCGUAGACCUUGUCAAUGGAUUCAGGUGCAGUUGCCCGGCUGGUAUAACUGGAGAUUUGUGCGAAAUAAAUAUAGACGAGUGCGCGAAUGUCACGUGCCAGAAUGAAGGCGUUUGUAAUGACUAUAUCAACAAGUUUGAGUGUAAAUGUCCCAUGGGAUUCAAUGGAACAUAUUGUGAAAAUUCGCUCGGACGCGUGUGUUAUAAUUGUGAAGGAGUUGCAGAUGACCCUACCCGUUGCGCUAACAGGACAUUAUGUGGUCCUGGUGAGCAAUGUUAUUCUGAGCACGAACUUGACGCACCUGGCGUGUUCACCUAUAACCUUGGCUGUGUACCUUCCAAGCUGUGCUCCUAUCUCGAGAACAAAAACUUCAGGCGCCGUGAUAUCCGUCCGGUUCAACUGUGUUACGAAUGCUGCGACAUAAAUGGAUGUAAUCACCACGCAUGCGCCGAUUAUAACUAAUAAAUUUCACCAAAAUGUAUUAAUUUUGAAUAAAAAAGUUGCAAGCUAAUAA